AUGGAAAAGUUAUUCAUUGAUUUUCAUGGAAAUCACCUAUCAAAAGAAGAUGGGAAUAUACAAACCACUAGUGUUAUGCAUAUUGAAAACGAUCGCUUGCCGUCAAUAAAUAUUCUAUACAGAGAUAUGCCUAAAUUGUGGCUAUCUUUAUCUAAAAAAGCUCAAAAAAAACAUGUCGAAGUUAUGCGAAAAUACGAUAAAGGAUGUGUUCCAUGGAGUUCACUUAAAGAUUUUUUGAAACGUGAUAAUGUUGAAUUAGUUCCAAAAAUGGGAAGACCAUAUGCACUUACAUCAGACCUUGAAAUACAAAUAUUAAACUAUAUCAUAAAGAUGCAAGAACUUGGCUUUGGUUUGACUGUGUUACAGGUAAGAAAAAUAGCUCACAAAAUAGCCACUGCAGCUGGACGUGGAUCUUAUUUCAAUGAAGAUAAUGAAUCUGCUAGCAAGUGGUGGUGGGUGAAUUUCAAAAAGAGGUAUAAACUUACACUUAGAGUUCCUGAAAAUCUUGCUGCUUAUAGGGCAUCGAUGGCUAACAGUCAUAUGAUCAGUGAUUUUUAUUCAAAACUUGAUUCAUUAAUGAUACAAUUAGGUAUUAAAGAUAUGACUGACCGUUUUUGGAAUUGUGAUGAAACUGGACUAUCUUAUGUGGAAAAAAGCCUAAUAAAGACUUAUGCUGAUCGUGGAGAAACGCAUACACUUUUAGGAUGUGUAUGUGCUAAUGUGUCAUGGAUUCCACCUUUAAUUAUAUUCAAAGGCAUUAGAUGGAACGAUAAUCUUAAAACCGAUUGUUUACCAAACUGUAUGGUAAAAUUAUCUCCAAAAGGAUGGAUUAAUAGUGACUUAUUUUUGGAAUGGUUUAAAUUUUUUAUUGAUACUAUUCCAAGUGAACGACCUGUGAUAUUAUUCAUGGAUUCACAUGCAUCACACAUUAAUAUGGAUGUUAUAUCACUUGCUAAAGAAAAUGAAAUAUAUUUAUUUACAUUUCCAGCUCAUACUAGCCAUUUAUUACAACCACUAGAUGUAGGAGUAUACAAGCCACUUAAGUCAAACUGGGCCACUAGCUUAAAUGACUUUAUGAGGGAAAAUCCUGGAGAAAAACCAAAUCGGACAACUUUUCAUACAAUAUUGAAUCCAGCAUUUAUUAAAAGCUUUUCUAAAAAAAAUAUAGAAAAUGCAUUUAAAAAAAGUGGCAUUUGCCCUUUAAAUAAAAAUGCCAUUCCUCCUGAAGCAAUAGCUCCAUCUCAAUUGACAAACAGAGAUAAUUAA